CAGGUCUGCUUCUUUAACGCCUAUAUUUUUUAUCCCCCAAUUUAGCUGGCAAAGUCAUCAGAACACAAUUCUCAUUUCUCCAAGUUUCUUUUCUAAAAAGAAUUCUCUCUCAUUGCUUAAACAUUCCUCUCUUUUCUUUUCUCUUCUCAAUGCACAGAAUCAAACAAGGUCGAUCUUUUAAUUUCAAUCUAACUUUAUAAAGAAAUACGCCCCCCUUGUUUUUCCUUUUUUUUAAAAAAAAAAACUUGGUUCGUAAAGCCUUUUGCGAAAUGCGGGCUCCCAGUCUGCUGCUGAUCUUGGAACUUUCAGCAGCGUUGUCGGUGGUUCUCUGUGUUGUUAUCCCACUGGAGAGAGCUUUUCCUUUGAACGGUUCAGUUGAGUUGAGCCAACUUGUUGCUCGUGACCAACUCAGACACUCACGAAUCUUGCAGGGUUUAGCUGGUGGAGUCGUCGACUUCUCUGUUCAAGGAUCCUCUGAUCUCUAUUCCGCCGGGCUUUAUUUCACAAAGGUGAAACUUGGAUCGCCUCCUAGAGAAUUCAAUGUGCAGAUAGACACUGGGAGUGAUAUAUUAUGGGUGACUUGCAGUUCUUGCACUAAUUGUCCCCAAUCCAGUGAACUUGGAAUUGAACUCAGUUUAUUUGACUCUUCAAGUUCAUCAUCUGCUAAGCUGGUUUCUUGUUCGGAUGCAGUGUGUUCUUCAGAGUUUCAAACAACUGCAACUCAGUGUUCUCAGAGUAAUCAGUGCACUUACUCCUUCCAGUAUGGAGAUGGAAGUGGGACUUCUGGUUAUUAUGUAGCUGAUAUGUUGUAUUUUGAUGCUAUUUUGGGACAAUCUUUGAUUGCCAAUUCUUCGGCUCUUGUUGUAUUUGGGUGCAGCACAUAUCAGUCUGGUGACUUAGCUAAGACAGAUAAAGCUGUGGAUGGGAUAUUUGGCUUUGGCCAAGGUGAUCUGUCUGUUAUAUCACAAUUGUCAUCACGGGGAAUAACACCUAGAGUUUUCUCACAUUGUCUGAAAGGAGAUAACAGCGGAGGGGGUAUAAUGGUUCUUGGUGAGAUUUUGGAGCCAAGCAUUGUUUAUAGUCCACUUGUUCCAUCCCAGCCUCAUUAUAAUUUAAUUCUACAGAGCAUUGCUGUCAAUGGACAGUUGCUGCAAAUUGACCCAGGAGUUUUUGCAACAUCUAAUAAUCGUGGUACUAUCGUCGACACUGGAACAACUUUGGCAUACCUAGUGCAGGAGGCAUAUGAUCCAUUUGUUAGCGCUAUAACUGCUACUGUUUCACCAUCUGUUACUCCCACCAUUUCUAAAGGAAACCAGUGUUAUCUAGUCCCCACCAGUGUUAGUGAGCUAUUCCCUCCUGUUAGUCUAAAUUUUGCGGGUGGUGCAUCAAUGAUGUUAAAACCAGAAGACUAUCUUAUACACCAGGAUGGUGGUACAAUGUGGUGCAUUGGUUUCCAAAAGGUUCAGGGUGGAAUGUCAAUUUUAGGAGAUAUUGUGUUAAAAGAUAAGAUAUUUGUAUAUGAUCUUGCUCAUCAACGAAUUGGAUGGGCAAACUACGAUUGUUCGUCAUCUUUAAAUGUCUCCAUUACUUCCAGUAAAGAUUUCAUAAAUGAAGGACAGCUGAGUGUGACUAGCUCGACCAGCGAGAUGCUAUUCAAGCUUAUGCGUUUGAGUUUUGUAACUUUCCUAAUACAACUGUUAGAGUUUGUGGAGUUCCAGUUUUUGUAAUUUAAACCCUACAGUCUGGAAAAGUUCAUUCUUUCUUCAGUCUAUAUAGUGGAUUGUCCGAUCUUUAUUUAUAGUGAUCGGAAAGGGUAGUUAUCCCCCACAGUGUAAGAUUCUCAUAUGGCCUGGAUUGCUUGUGAACAGAUGGGGACAUCUAAUCUUCUUACAGAUAGCUUGGCUUGCUCCUUGUAAAGGACCAUUGUUCAGGCAUUGCGAAAGCUGUAUAUUAUAAUCUCUCUACCGGAAUCGAGGUGUAGCAUGGGUACGAACAAUGCUUGCUUCAGAAGCAGGAAAAAACGGGUACUCGUUUCUCUUUUCCCUGUCACUAGAUUGGGUUUGGAUUUAGUCAGAGAUGCAGAAAUGGACAAUUAGUGUCCAAGUUUGAAGUCAGUUUUGUAAACAUCAUUUGUUUGCCUGGUUUUUGGUGAAAUAGGCAAUUAAUGAUGAUACUUUUUCAUUUUA